GAAUAGGAAAUUUGGCAGAUUAGACUGGGCAGAAUAAGAAUACAAAGAAGAAGAAUAAGUAAUUAAGUUCAGGCAUUUCGAGUAACAGUAUGAAAUAUUAGUUAUUCCAAAAUCCAUACUCCUCUGUUUGAAGGAAUUGUUGGCCAUUAAGAAGCACUUAAUUUUGAAGGACAUAACUACUACCUAUUCUUCCUAUUAAAGCUCUCUUACUUAGCUCAUGCACCUAGUGGAGGCAAGUUAGGCAGCAUAUUCACAUUAAUUUCAAAAUCUUCAAAAAGGUGGGAAGUCAACUUGUUCGUUUAGUUCUAACUAUGGAUUCUGUAAAGCUAGUUGCUUAUGAGAAAACCAGUGGUGGGUAUAAAUACUACCAAAUAUGGAUAUCAUGACUCACUCUACAUUUCAAGGAUGACUUUCCUUGCCAUCUCAAGACUUUUUAUGCUCUCUUUUUUCACCUUUGUGUUCCCUCUUCUUGUAACCCCUGCUCUCUCCGCCGUUGUCAGGAUCCCACUGCCACCAAGAGUCACCGGUCCAGAGUCUCUAGCCUUUGAGCCAACAGGAACAUUCUAUACAGGAGUUACUGAUGGUAGAAUUCUCAAAUUUGAAAGAUCUCAAGGAUUUUUGGAUUUCGCCAUCAUUUCACCAAACAGGUCCAAGGCAGUUUGUGAUGGUGUCGCUGAACCUCAACGUCUCUGUGGAAGGCCUUUGGGUUUAGGCUUCUAUUAUUUGACAAAGACACUCUACGUAGCUGAUGCUUACUAUGGUUUGUUGUCUCUAGGACCUAGAGGAAGGCUUGCUACACCAAUUGCCUCCUCUGCAGAUGGCCAAUCAUUCGUCUUUUGCGAAGGUUUGGACGUCGAUCAACAAACUGGAUUUGUAUAUUUUACAGAUGCCAGUGCUGUCUAUGAUAUAAGAAAUGUCGAACAAGCAGUACUCGCCAAUGACUCAACGGGCCGGUUACUGAAAUAUGACCCCAGAACUAACCAAGUCACUACCUUGUUGAGAAAUCUUUCAGGACCAGGAGGGGUAGCUGUAAGUAAAACCGGUUCAUUUGUGCUUGUGUCUGAGUUUAUUGCCAACAGGACUCAAAAGUUUUGGCUCACUGGUCCUAGAGCUAAUACAGCAGAAGUUUUCGUAAGACAUGUAAGGCCGGAUAACAUCAAGAGGACCUUAAGGGGAGAUUUUUGGAUAGCAGCAAUGAUGCUUAAACAACCCACACAAACUCUGGUGCCAAUAAGGCAAUUGGUCAGUGAAACCGGAUCAGUCUUGCGAACAGUGUCUCUUGAGGCACACUACGGCAAUACUUCUAUCACUGAAGUUCUAGAGUUUGGUGUAAGACUGUAUUUCGGUUCUAAACUUACGAAUUUCAUUGGUGUUUCUACACCUUAAAAUAGUCUUCAAUUUGAAUAAAUGGUGUAGGAAUGCCUUCUCUCCA